AAUGAAUUCCUUCCAUCCCUUCGAUCAAAACCUAAUUCUUCAACAACAAUUGAUCCUCCAUCAGAUGUUAAUUUAUAAUCAGAUGCUCAAAGCCUCAGUUACCCAAAAAAUACCUCCUACCAAUAUCCUGACCCCAAAACUAGAAGAAAUAGACAUAUCCAACUCCCAAUAAUUCAAACACGAUGAUACUCACGAGAUUCAACCCACAAAAAGAAUUAAAUAUAAAAGUGAGAUCGACCAAAAUCUCAAAGAAAAUUGAAAAGAAAAAACCUUAGAAGUAACACCCUGACAGUAAACAAUCAGAUGAACUUCCAAAAAAGAAGAAGGUGUUUCUUUCAAUGCUGGAUAUUAAAGAGGUACAAUAUAAAAAAGUCAAAGCUUAAAACAAUGAAGAUAACUAAAAAAGUGUAGCAGCCUUUGUAGGUGCUCCAAUUUGA